AUACUUUAUGCUGUGCAAUCACAAUGCCACUUUAUAUAAAAGGGGGGCCGCAUGCGAGCGUCUAUAGCGUCCGUCUGGCCCCCCCAAGCUGUACACAAUGGGAAAGAUCAUUUUCUACGAGGAUAGAAAUUUUCAGGGUCGGCACCAUGAGUGCAUGAGCGACUGCGCCGACCUGCACCCCUACUUCAACCGCUGCAACUCCGUCAGGGUGGAGAGCGGAUGUUUCAUGGUGUACGAGAGGCCACAAUAUCUGGGCCACCAGUACUUCCUGCGACGGGGGGAGUACUCCGACAACCAGCGGCUGAUCGGCAUCAACGACUGCAUUCGCUCCUGCCGCAUGAUUCCCACGCACCGCGGUUCCUUCAAAAUCAGACUUUACGAACGUCCAGACAUGAGCGGCCAGAUGCAGGAGAUCAGCGACGACUGCCCCAACCUGCAGGACCGCCUCCGCAUGUCCGACGUAAACUCCUGCCACGUGCUGGACGGUCAUUGGCUGCUGUACGACCAGCCCAACUACAGGGGCAGGACCUACUACCUGAGACCCGGCGAGUACCGCAGGUACAGCGACUGGGGCGGCGCCGGCCCGAGGAUCGGCUCGCUCAAGCGGAUCAACGACUUUAACUAGAAAUCUUCAGAACUUUGUUCUUUUUUCAAUAAACACGGCUGGCUGAAAACA